AUGUCUAUUACAACACGUUCUGAUCGUUUCUUUGAUCUCGCGUGUUCAGACACUCCUUCACAUGUUGGUCCAGGUAGUUAUGAUCUUCCUGGUUCAAUUGUUGCAAAAAAAGAAACUCCAUAUCCGUUUAAUUCAACAUCAGCACGCGAUAGAGAAGUUGUAAAUGAUACUCCUGGUCCUUCAGAUUACUAUCCACAAGUUCCUAAACUAAAUAUAAGUGCAGCCUCUGGUAUGAAAUCUUCAUCCGCAAGAAGUGCUUUUCCUAUUUCAGAUACGCCAGCACCAACAGAUUAUUCAGUCAUAGAGAAAUGGAAAAAUACUAAAUAUCCAAGUAAAAGACAACCAAUGUCUGCUCGUGGAGUUAGAAACUCUUUUACAGGAGAUAAACAGUUUGAAACAAGUCCUGCCGAUAGAGAUAUUCGAUUACCAUUCAAUAGAGGCGCUAAAAUCUCUAAUUCUGCUCGUUACUCUCCAGCCAAAGAUAAUUUUCCAGGUCCUGGCUCAUAUAACGUAUCUUCUGGUCUUUUUGAUAAGUCAUCAGCUUCUCCAUCCGCACGCCACAAGUCAGCAGCGUUUUUAUCAAGUUCUGAACGAGAUGUUUUUCGUACACCUGAUUGGGUAUCAGGAGAAUGUGGUUUAGGUCCGUCUUCAUGGAAAUUACCAAAUAAAUCAAAUGCUCCUUUUGGUUCUAGAGCUAAAAAGAAAAAUUUCUGGGGAUCCAAUCGUAAUCCUGGUCCAGGAUCGUAUUCAGUUAACGAAAAUAGCGAUUUCAAUGCUAGUUCCCCUAAGAAUCCUCGAAGAAAGCGUUCUGGCAAAGGAAAUGCUGCUUUUGGAUCCGGAUCAGAACGAAAUAUUUUCGGAACGCCAAAUGAUGUUCCAGGACCAGGUGCGUACAAGACUGAGAAGAAGAGGAAGAUCAAAUCCGAUAGAAACAAGCCAUUUAACCAAAAAAGCGAAAGAUUUACGAGUUCAAAAAAGGAUUACGAUGCAGAACCAGCUUCUUACGAUAUUGAUUUCGGAGACAAGCUCAGAAGAGAAUCCCAAAAAGCCAGACAAAGUGCUGCUUUCAUGUGUAGUAUUGAUAGAAAUCCUUACAAAGUUACAUCAGAAAGUCCCGGAGUUGGCAGUUAUUCACCGGAAAGAUAUGAUACAGACAAGCACAAAUUAAAGGUCUGUAUUAUUGGUUCACAAAGAGAAGAUCCACGAAAGAUAUUUGGCCAGAAAAUUGAAGAUACUCCUGGACCAGCUCAAUACGAGAUUCACGAACCAAAAUCAUCAUCAAAAGGAGUUAGUAUAAGACGUGGUAAACGAGCUCAUCUUGGAGGAGCAACUGAUACUCCUGCUCCUGGUUAUUAUAACACUGAAGGAAAUAUGGUGAAACAAUCUUUCAAUGUUACGUAUUCAAUUGCUAAGCUGUGA